AUGAUGGAUACAGUCAAGACCGUUCGGGAUACAAGUACAAAUAUAAUUGCCGAAAGAAGGAAGCUACUUCAGCAGUUUAUCGAUGAAACGAGAAAGAACAACAAAAAUGUUGACGUUGAAGUUGAGAAAUUAAUAGCUGAUAAAUUAUCGGACGAUGCUUGUCUUCUAGAUAAAUUCUUACUUAGUAAAUCAUCUAAUGAUGACGUCAUUCCUGAUGAGGUGGUAAAUGAAGAAAUUAGCCUCGUUUGCUUUACAGGACAUUAUACCACAACGAUGACCAUGAGCCACACAUUAUAUUGCUUAGCUAAAUACCCCAGCGAUUUGAGUAAAAUGAAGUAUUUAGAAGCUGUUAUUAAAGAAAGCAUUCGAGUAAUACCGACGGUGACUAAAAUUGGAAGGCAACUGGAGAAAGACCUUGAGCUUGCAGAUGGGCGAAUCGUCCCUGCUAAAAGCGCGGUGAUCGUAUUUUACGAGGCAAUGUUUGUCAACCCCAAAAUAUUUCCGGAGCCCGAAAGGUAUGAUCCGGAGAGAUUUUUAAGCAAUAUGCACCAAUUUGCGUUCGUACCUUUCAGCGCGGGGCCAAGAAACUGCAUCGGUUUUCGAUACGCGUGGGUAGCAAUGAAAGCCACACUUUCAAAUAUAAUACGAAGGUACGAAAUUCUCCCUGGCGGGCCAGGUUCAGAACCUCUGUUUAAAUACAGAAUCAUUACGGAGUCAGAAAAUGGUAUACACUUAAAAUUAAAGAAGAGGACAUAC